AUGGCAACACUGAGCCCACUCGCCUCCCCCGCCAAGCUGACCGCCUCCCCCGCCAAGCUGUCCGCCUCCCCCGCCAAGCUGUCCGCCUUCCCCGCCAAGCUGACCACCUCCCCCGCCAAGCUGACCGCCUCCCCCGCCAAGCUGUCCGCCUUCCCCGCUAAGCUGACUGCCUCCCCCGCCAAGCUGUCCGCCUUCCCCGCCAAGCUGACCGCCCCCCCCGCCAAGCUGACUGCCUCCCCCGCCAAGCUGACCGCCUCCCUCGCCAAGCUGUCCGCCUCCCUCGCCAAGCUGACCGCCUCCCUCGCCAAGCUGACUGCCUCCCUCGCCAAGCUGACCGCCUCCCUCGCCAAGCUGACCGCCUCCCUCGCCAAGCUGACCGCCUCCCUCGCCAAGCUGACCGCCGCCACAUACCGACAUAAACUUUAG